AUGGACACAUCAGAUGUCCCAUGGAGUUGGUAUUACCUGGCCGACUGUGGAAGGUGGCACAGAUUUGAGGAUGACCAAUGCAAUCACGCCCUAAGCAGUGAGGAUAUUGAAUAUUAUUACCAAAGGAACUCAAAAGGGGUGGUAACUACAUCUACAUUUAGCUAUCACAGCAAAAUCGAUUUUCCAGGUAUCUGACUACAUAUUUUUGUUCACAUCAAGUCCUAAUUUACCUCUAAAGAACUUAUAAAUUGACAUCUGUGUUUUUGUUCAGCAAUGUUACAGACCGACUCCGUCACAGGAAAGCAAAGGAGAAUCCUUCGGAGCUACAACAUUGAGAGAAGCUGCCCCUGCUUCACUGCUGCUCCUGUCUUCUGGGAAAAUGUUGAUCUCACCUGUCCAUAUCAGUUAAUCACUCUGAGUAAACUCACCCCUGAGUAUCACACCGUGGCAGAUUAUGUGAAGAAGGAUGGGCUGUUGGACAAAUCUAUUGUCUCCAUCAGCAGAAUACAGAACCUAGACCUGUGGGACAUGUACUGUCGGAAGAAGAAGCAGUUAUUGAGAAUCCAAAAAGUCAGCGAAAUUCAAGAAAGAAGACUCUUUCACGGGACCGAUCCCGCAAAUGUUGCCGCCAUUUGCAAAUAUAAUUUUGAUUUACGGUUAUCUGGAAAACAUGCCUGCGUUUACGGCAGAGGAAUAUAUUUUGCAAAGCAUGCAUCAUUUGCAGACAGAUACAGCAGUGGCAGCAGGGACCUACAGGGUGAAUACACUAAAAUAAUGUUUUUGGCUCGGGUGAUGAUCGGAAAAUCAAUUGUUGGACAAGAAUCUUUUGUAAAACCCGAUCAUGGAUGCUCUGAAAACAGCCACGAUAGCUGUGUGGAUGAUACUACCGAUCCCAGGAUAUUUAUUAUUUUUGAUCCAAAUCAAAUAUACCCAGAGUAUUUGAUUAAGUACAAAUAAGGUCAAGAGAGGAUCUUGAGGAUGUGCAAUAUGAACAUGUCUACCUCAAACUAUCUGGGUAGCAUGACUCUUGAAGAUAUUUUUACAACACUUUUUAAACUAUAUUUUUAAAGGACUCUGCUGUUACAUGAAGGAAACCUAUGUUUACAUAUAUUUAGUUAUUUUUUCAAAGGAAGCAGUCCCACUGCUGUUAGUGUAGUUAUUUAAAUACUGUUUUUAAAAAUGUUACAAAUUAUUACAAGUUGACUUUUUUC